GUGCGGCGUGCGUGCAUAAACAAAAAAAAGAAGAAGAGGAGAAGGAAGAGGAAAAGGAGGAAAAGGAAGAAGGAAGAAGAGAAAGAAGAGAAAGAAGGAGAACAGUUAGUAUAAGCGAAAACGAUAUUAAAAUUAAGGGAGAAGAAAAUAGGAGAAGAAGAAGAGAGGAAAGAAAGAAAGGUUGAUUAGUUGUUCGGUGGUAGUAGUGGUGGUAUUAUUGGUAGUGGUGGAGGUGGUGGUGGUGGUAUUGGUAGUAGUAGUGGUGAGUGGGCGCAAACUGCGCGAAGCUAGUUCGUGGUUGAAAGCUGCAACGAAGCGCGAGGCGUGCAGAGUUGCAGCAGGAAAUUAUGAAGCGUAUAAGGAGCGCUCCGUUGGCCGCCGCUUGUGAUAGCUGCCGGUGAAUGUGUGAUCCGGGGGCAGCAGAGAUCCACCGUAAUGACGACCGAAGAGACGACCGAGCAGCCCCCGGUAGACGACUGCCUGAAGGAACGGAAAUGGUGGUGCUUCCUGCUGUCGAGCAUCUUCACUUUCCUUGCCGGGCUGCUGAUCGUACUCCUCUGGCGUGCGUUCGCCUUCCUCUGCUGUCGCAAGGAACCCGAGUUCGCCCCAAAUGACCCGAAACAGAAAGAGCAAAAGACGAGCCGCCAGGGCAAGGAGUUCGAGGGGACUUUUAUGACCGAGGCCAAAGACUGGGCCGGUGAACUGAUUUCUGGACAGACCACCACUGGACGUAUUUUGGUGGUGUUAGUUUUCAUUCUCAGUAUAGCAUCGCUUAUAAUAUACUUCAUCGAUGCCUCCAGCGAAGAGGUGGAACGUUGCCAAAAGUGGAGCAACAACAUUACUCAGCAGAUAGACUUAGCUUUCAAUAUAUUUUUUAUGGUCUACUUUUUUAUACGCUUUAUCGCCGCCAGUGAUAAGCUGUGGUUCAUGCUGGAGAUGUAUUCGUUCGUGGACUACUUUACGAUACCACCGUCCUUCGUGUCGAUAUAUCUCGAUCGGACGUGGAUCGGACUGAGGUUCCUCCGAGCCCUACGACUGAUGACGGUCCCUGACAUCCUCCAGUACCUAAACAUUCUAAAGACAUCGAGUUCCAUUCGUCUCGCCCAACUUGUAUCGAUCUUCAUCUCCGUCUGGUUAACAGCUGCUGGCAUCAUUCAUUUGCUUGAAAACUCAGGGGACCCGUUCGAGUUCACGAACCCUCAACAGCUUUCGUACUGGACUUGUGUCUACUUUCUCAUCGUGACGAUGUCCACGGUAGGAUAUGGCGACGUUUACUGCCAGACGGUCCUCGGCCGCACAUUCCUAGUAUUUUUUCUACUCGUCGGUUUGGCCAUAUUCGCCAGUUGUAUCCCCGAGAUAAUUGACCUGAUCGGGACGCGAAACAAGUAUGGCGGCACUUUGAAGAACGAGCGAGGUCGCAGACAUAUUGUCGUGUGUGGCCACAUCACCUACGAAUCAGUCUCGCACUUCCUCAAGGACUUCUUGCACGAGGAUCGUGAGGACGUCGACGUGGAAGUUGUCUUCUUGCAUAGGAAACCACCAGAUCUCGAGCUGGAGGGACUAUUCAAACGGCACUUCACCACCGUGGAGUUCUUUCAGGGGACCAUCAUGAACCCCAUUGAUCUGCAAAGGGUCAAGGUCCACGAGGCAGAUGCGUGUUUGGUACUGGCGAACAAGUACUGUCAAGAUCCAGAUGCGGAAGACGCGGCAAACAUCAUGCGUGUCAUCUCCAUCAAGAAUUACUCGGAUGACAUUCGCGUUAUCAUUCAAUUAAUGCAAUAUCACAACAAGGCCUACUUACUAAACAUUCCAUCAUGGGACUGGAAACAGGGCGACGACGUGAUUUGCCUAGCUGAAUUGAAGCUGGGUUUCAUCGCACAGUCCUGUCUAGCGCCGGGUUUCAGCACGAUGAUGGCCAAUCUCUUCGCCAUGCGUUCCUUCAAGACGUCGCCGGAUACUCAGGCGUGGCAGAAUGAUUACCUGCAGGGCACGGGCUGCGAGAUGUACACGGAAACCCUCUCCCCGUCCUUUACCGGGAUGACAUUUCCCCAAGCCAGCGAGUUAUGCUUCACGAAGUUGAAGCUGUUGCUGUUGGCAAUCGAGAUAAAGGGCGAAGGAGGCUGCGAUAGUAAGAUAUCAAUUAAUCCACGUGGUGCCAAGAUCGUAGCAAAUACUCAGGGAUUCUUCAUUGCUCAAUCUGCCGACGAAGUGAAACGGGCGUGGUUCUAUUGCAAAGCAUGCCACGAGGAUAUAAAAGACGAAACUCUGAUCAAGAAGUGCAAGUGCAAAAAUUUGGGGCAGCAGCAGCGCUCCUGGGGCCGGGACUUAGAUGUGGGGAUGAUGAUGAUGCAGACCGGCAUGGUGAAAGGAAACACUGCCUACAGCAGUUGCCUCGACGUGGCCACAUUCCGGAAAGGCGUGCGAGCUGUUCAAAUGGUUGGAAGAGCAAGUGAAGACUUCUCGUAUGCAAACGACCACCAUCCUCCCCCCACAUUCACUCCGCCAGAACUGCCCAAGAUGGUUCACGUAAGAGGUGAGAUCAGUCGCGACCGAGAUGAUCCAAACGCGAUGAGAAAUCACCGGAAUUCCGUCGGGAUGACCAUGAUGAAUUCAACAAAGCAGGUGAAUAAGGUGAAACCGAAUGUGAAUCGAGCGACGAACGACAGUUUAUCCAGUCCAAAUCAACCGUACAAUCAGAGAUCGCAAGAGGAGUCCGCAUACCCUGGCUACCAUCUCGCCUACGAAGUCAAAAAGCUCAUGCCGACGAGCAGAGCCUCGGGCGGUACGAACGUGAAUAACAACGGUGGUCUUCAAGUCGGAAUAGCCGACGAUCAGGCGAAGGACUUCGAUUUCGAAAAGACCGAAAUGAAGUACGAUUCAACGGGUAUGUUCCACUGGAGUCCAUCCCGUAACCUCGAAGACUGCAUACUGGAUCGUAAUCAGGCGGCGAUGACAGUUCUAAAUGGACAUGUUGUUGUUUGCCUAUUCGCCGAUCCCGACUCGCCUCUCAUCGGACUGAGAAACCUUGUCAUGCCAUUACGAGCUUCCAAUUUUCAUUACCACGAGCUUAAACACGUAGUAAUAGUUGGGUCUGUGGAUUACAUCCGCCGCGAGUGGAAGAUGUUGCAGAAUCUACCAAAGAUUUCGGUGUUAAACGGUUCACCAUUAAGCAGAGCAGAUCUGCGUGCCGUUAACGUGAAUCUGUGCGACAUGUGUUGUAUCCUGUCGGCUAAAGUGCCUAGCAAUGAUGACCCCACCCUCGCCGACAAGGAAGCCAUCCUCGCGUCCCUUAAUAUCAAAGCUAUGACAUUCGAUGACACCAUUGGAGUGCUCAGCCAAGCAAAUAAUGAGCAAGGUAAUUUGACCGCAGUUGGCAGCCCAAUCGUUUUGCAACGACGGGGAUCAGUUUAUGGAGCAAACGUGCCAAUGAUAACAGAACUCGUAAAUGAUAGCAACGUGCAGUUCCUUGACCAGGACGACGACGAUGAUCCGGACACAGAACUGUACCUUACCCAACCGUUUGCUUGCGGUACUGCCUUUGCCGUCAGCGUAUUAGAUUCAUUAAUGUCGACGACGUACUUUAACCAGAACGCGCUGACUUUAAUUCGAUCUCUAAUCACUGGUGGAGCAACGCCUGAGUUAGAGUUAAUUCUCGCUGAAGGAGCAGGUUUACGAGGAGGUUAUAGUACACCUGAUAGUCUGGCAAAUAGAGAUCGAUGUCGAGUAGGUCAAAUCGCGUUGUACGACGGGCCAUUGGCUCAAUAUGGCGAAGGAGGCAAGUACGGUGACCUCUUUGUCGCAGCAUUAAAGUCGUAUGGAAUGCUGUGCAUUGGUCUGUACAGGUACAGGUUUCGAGAUACCAGCUCAUCGUGCGAUGCUUCCUCUAAACGAUACGUCAUUACAAAUCCUCCAGAUGACUUCACGUUAUUGCCUACAGAUCAGGUUUUCGUGCUGAUGCAAUUCGAUCCAGGUCUGGAAUACAAGCCGAGCAGAGGAGCUCGGGGAAAGGAUGACGCCUCCUGACUGUUGCUGUGUAGCGCCCUCACAGACGGACCUUAUUCCUACAUAUAAUUACGCAAAGGAAACGCAUCAUGCCGCCCGUCGUCCCUACUGAAUCGACUUGUAGUCUUCAUUGGCUGGCAUUACAAUACGAUGCCCUCAACGAAUUAAUCGCAAAACCCCGUCCAUAGAACGAAUCAUCAACACGUCCGUUUUUUCUGCUGGUUAUGUGUCGCCAGUGAUAUAUUUCGUCAAUACUCGUAUAGCUGAAUUCGGUUUCCCUCUAAUAGUGUCCGCAGAUUUCUCUGUUCCUUGUUAUUUAUCGCUAACGUGAUUUCUUUUCACAUCGUGACCGGAAACAUUUCUACGUUGAGGCUUGGUUGUGUAAUAAAUAAAAGAAGGAAUACAACAUCAAGUGAUAAAUAAAGAAGGAAAGAAAGAAGAAGAAGCGAAUGAAGAAGAAGAAGAUAGGAUAAGGAUAAAAAUCUGCCAAGGGAAAUAAAAAAAAGGAAGAGAAACGGUAAAGGGAUACCGGGAUACGGUAUGAUGAAACACGGUCCGAGGGUAGCUACACGUUAAGCUUCCUAAAUCUUCGUAAGACAUGAAAUUAUUAAUUGUCUUCGAUGUUGAAGGCCGCAUAAGGACUGAACGGGCUUAUUCUGAAGCGUAAAAAGGUGUGUGACUAUAAUUCCACGCCCUAUGCUUUCAGGAGAAUACAGAAGUACAGAAGAAAACAAGCAAAAAAAAAAGAUAAGAAAUAAUACUUAAAAAACAAAUGCGAAGCAAAACAGCUUAACUAUAAACGCUUGAGAACAUCUUCAAGGCUGAUCGCUGAGGAAUUGUAAUCGCCUUCGCGACUUAACGUAUACCAUCGCUGUAGCUCAUUCAGGAUAUGUAAAUAGGUACAGAACAGGUGAAUAUGUUGUCAUUCGACGGUAAACUAUAAAAACAAAGACAAAAAAGAAAAAAAGAGAAAAAGAAGCGGAACGUGGAGGAAAGAGGAAGAUAUAGAAGAUAUGAAACAAUUGAUUGAGAUAUAACUGCAAUGACAGGACCGUUUUGGUUCCUUUCAUGUAGAUGCAUUGUUCACUUUGCAAGACAGUCGUGUGUUCGUCUCCUGUAUCGUGAUUUUGUAUCUUGCCUUGUGAGCAAAUGGAAAUAUGUAUACAUAUAUGUACAUGUAUCUGUAUAUGCGUAUGUACAGGGUGAUAACUGUAACUAGAACAGAUCAUAGCUCUUACUUGGAAAAUGAAAGGAUACCGACGAUAGAGAUACAUGAUUUCACUUUUCUUAUGGUUACGUACUUUCUUUGCAAAUGUGCCUCUAUGUUUCUAUAUUAAACGAUUCUCUUAAUUACCUUGCGAAUAAGAAACAAUAUUCUUAUUCCAUAAACGAAGUAAUUUAAAUGACACACCUUUCACGUUAAGAUGUGAUUCGUAACUUCCUAUGUAUUGUGCAGCUGAAAGUUAGUAUCAUAUUUAAUGGUAUGAAUUUUCAUCAGAGAAGUGAAAUGUCUAGAUUAUUUACAUGUACACGAGUAAUACGUAGAUCUAGCAAUUUAUUUAAAGGCGUUUGCGAGAUAUUAAAUUGUACAUGUGAAGUAAUAGAAAAGAUUAAUACGAAGCACUAUAUUUUAUAUUUGCAUUCAAUGGAACAGGUAUAAGUGAAUGUGUAGAUAUACGUCACGAUAUUUCUUCACUUCCUUCUUCUUUCUAUGUGUUAUGAUAUUCUCUUGUUUUCGCUUUAUAUUUGAUUAAGGGAAGGGCUAUAAUCUGUCAUAGGUGUAACAGUCACUCUGUACGUUUAGUUUUAGACCGAAGAGUUUGCAGACGAUAACGUGCAUCGUUACGACAAGAGAUAGGUGCGAACAGGACUGCAGGAUUACGUGUAAACUUUACCUUGAGUGUCUUCUUUUGCGGCUAACGAUAUAAAAAAUCUCAAUCAAGCACUUUGUACAGAUUCUAUACAUAAACGCGUAUGCAUGCGUGGAUGUAUGUAUGUAUGUCUGUAUGUAUGUAUAUAUGUAUGCAUGUAUGUAUGUAUGUAUAUGUGUGAAUAUAUAAUAAUUUAACGAUAAAAGAAAAAAAACACCCUUUUUCCACACAACUUGAGUAUUAAUCGACUAUGUAUCGAUACGACUAUAUAUACAUUACAGAUAUAUAUGCACAUAUAUAUGUAUACAUAGACACUCUCUUUUAUAUAUUUUUGUGAAACUACACGAGUGUGUACAUACGAACGUACAUAUGUGUACAUACAUCCAUAGACGUAUACACGUAUGUAUGUAUGUAUAUAUGUCUGUAUGCAUGUAUAUGUAUAUAUAUGUAUGUAUGUAAAGAAGCAAAAAAACAAAGACGGAUCAAAUAAGGUAUACAUACAUAAAAACAAAGGAAGGAAAUACACAGAUACACCUAUACACAAAUACUUCUUCCUUGCUCUUUCCCCCGCUCCGCCCCUCCCUUUUUUCUGUCACUAACCAUGACUGAAACACGCACACGUAAUGAUACACAUACGAUACGUACGAGUGCAUGUAUAUGGCAACACAAUCACAAAAAAAAUCUGGUAUGGAUUCACAGACACAAAACAUACACACGCGGAUACGCGCGCAUCCUUUCUUUCUGUCUCACAUGCGCGCGCGCGCGCGCGUGCACGCGCGUGACACACAGAUAAGGGAAAUCCACACGAGAGAAAAGAAAAGCGAUUAUCACAUCGAUGAAAAUGAUGCACAUACGUGGGAAGAAAGAAGAGUACGAAGCGGAAUGAAAAAAAAGGGAAAGGAAACCAGGGGAAACGAUUCGCGCGUGCGGAAGUAUGACGAGUGCAAAAACAAAGGAUGAAGGUAUCGCGUGAUCCGACCAAAUACGAUAUACGCUGAAAAUAUAUGUAAAAAAAACAUCAGAUUACCGUGCUCGAUCGUUCAAUGAAAAAUCAGACUAACCAUUAAUCGAUUAAAAAAGAGAAAUAUAUGUGCAAAUGGGACGAAGCGGUUCGAUUAUUAUCGGGGACAAGAGAAAACACAAAGUAGCUGUGGUAGACGCUGCCGUGUAUCGCGAUUACGAGUCGCCGCCGCCACCGCCAUUGCUACUGUUUGCAAUAUCCAUAUGCACUAUUCACUGCCACUGCAGUUCGUGUUAUAUCGUUGUAUAUAACUUUCUAUAUAUGGCUCGAUUAAGGCGAGAAGGGCCGGUGAGGCGUGCGAAUCGGAUAGCUUGAUCGAUGUAUAAAUGAUAAUACUAAACAAUGUGCAGCAUCAGCCGCAAUAAGUGUCAUUCGUUGCUCCUGAUUUCCAAAUAUCUUUUUUCACUUUUUUUUUUUCUAUUACUUUAGUAUACGUAGAUCUGCGAGAAAACGCCGAUCAAUUUCUAUGUUUUAUCAAUGUGGAAUUAAUGCGUUAUUUUUAUCGAUUGCGAAUGUAAUGUUAAGGAUUAUAACAGGGAUGAGCACUGUUACUGUUACUGACACGCUUUCAGUUUUCUUUGUAUUUUGAUAGAUCAAACGAUAAGACCUAUCCCAGUAUAGUAUAUAUAUAUACUAUAUAUUUGGUUUGUUCGAUGUGAAAAUUGAGUCAGUGAACGUUUAGUGGACGAAGCUUUUUUUAUUUUGAGUAUCCGCUGUUAAAGCAGUAAAAGAGCACUUUUUAUUUAAGAAAUUAACGACACACGAAUUCAUUAAUUCACAAUUUUUACAUACGUAACUCGUUGUUUUAUAUUAAUUAUAAAAAUAUGAAUGCUAGAUAUGUUUAUUUUCUAAUUUGUGUACAAAUUCAUUUUAUUCGCUAUCGUGAAAGAUGAUAAAGCAAUUGAAAUUAUAGUUUUAACAAAAUUUCAGAACAGUAUUUGUAGAAAAUCAAAUGACGGAGAUUAAAAGAAGCUGGAAGUGAGUCAAAAGAGUAAAUAGUUAGGAGAGCGAAAGAGAGUCGCGUUUUCAUUUGAACAAUUACAAAAAUUCAUUUGUGCGUUAUCGUUCUCCGCUGAAUGGACUAUCCUGUAUUUUCUUUCUCUUUUUCUUUUUAUCUUCGAGGAAUCCUCUGAUAACGAAAGCUCUGACUGGGUAUAUAAUUAUAAACGAAUCGCUUAAUUUUUCAUCAGCAUAUUGAUGAAAAUACGUGCGAAGGAAAGAACGAAAAUCGAAAGACAGUUUAGUGUUACUUAUUUGAUUUCGUAAAAUUCGAUUUCUCGAGGAGCGUCAGUGUUUUAAGAAACGAGUUUAAGACACACACUUUAGAAAAAUAAACGAAACAAAUUACAAUUCGUAAUCGAACGAAUAUUGUUUUGGGGAAAAAUGUUUGUUCACAGCAGUCAAUUUUUCAUACUAAUUGUUUGAGGAAGUUAGCGGCUUGUAGAAUCGCGUUAAAUCAAGAUGGAGGACUCUCGGUGACCCUGCCUCGCCUUGAUGCGAUUAUAUACGAAACAAAAGUUUGCGCGUUAGAUUUUGUGGAAAUCGUUCGUUAAGUGAUUAAAAAAAAGAAAAAAAAAUGAAAUUUGUCGGAGCCUUGUGUAGAGUUUUAGAUGAUUGGUCGAGAUUUGCGUCGCGUGGGUUUAGCCAGGCAGAUGAAUUUUACUUGACAAACGAGUGAACAUCCUUUCGAAUUUUGACUUUCCUUUCUUAUUUCUUUUUCUUUUUGUUUCUUCUUUAUUAAUUAUAAAAUACGGCCGUUAAUUUUAGUUUGACCUUUCACGUACGAAAAAUAGACGAUUGUUAUUUUAAAUAUUACUCGAUUCACUCUUACAAGGUAGGAACUCGUGCCUGGCUGCUCGCGAGAUACAAAUUAUUCAUGCACUCUCUUUAAUAAUUAAAUCAUGCACCGAUUCAAUCGAUAUCAUCACCCGUAAUCGUAUUUUCGUGCGUCGCACGGAUACACGUGGCGCAUUUGUGUGUAUGUGAGACGUGUGUAUCUAAACGAAGUAUAUAUAAUUAACGUUAAAAAAGAACCUAAAAAAAUGUGAAAAAAACCAGGAGGGAAAAAGAAGAGGAAUAAAAACAAAUCGAACAAAAUACAAAAAAUGAUUCGAAAUAUAUAUAUGGGAAUUAUAAAAUGUAUAAAGAGAAGAAAAAAAGAAAAUUAAGGCGCGCUGAGCGUACGCCACCUUCGAUGCCUCAUUGACCUCAUCUAAUGCUUUUUUAUCUGUACAUUUACAAUUUGUGUACCAAUGAGGAACGUUGUUUAAUCAUGUUGUUGAUGUUAUUGUUAAAGAAUGAGAUUCAAUAUUGUACAUAACUAUAUAUUCAUUAUAAUUGAUGAUAUAAAUAAUUAUAUACAUAAAAGUAA